CGUACUUUCAUCGAGUUUACGCCUAUCAGUCGUACUUCUAAUAUUUGCAAAUCCUUAAAUAUUUUUUUGCGGCAUAAGCUGUAAUAUAAAGUAUAAAUAAGUCAGUUUCCUAGAUAUAAAACUAAGGUUUUGGUUAGGGAUUGCCCUCACAGUAUAGAUCUAUUUAUACACACCAUAUAUCCCCGGAAGUAAACUUGAAUAUUUGCAUAUAAACAGUCUAUAGAUGCAAAAACGUGUCAUUAGUUUGACAGAUACGGAGCUAGUGUAUAUCAGAAGCGAGUGAUUUUGCACGAUUGAAAUUAUAUAUUGCAAUAUUUCAUCAGUGAGCGACAAAGCAAACACCAAAAAUGUGUGGUAUAUUUGCAUAUUUAAAUUAUUUGGUGCCUGCAACCAGAAAAGAAAUCCUGGAGAUCCUAAUAACGGGACUCAAACGAAUGGAAUAUAGAGGAUAUGAUUCUGCAGGCGUAGCCUUUGACACUUCUGAAUGCAGUGACAAGAAGUGUACGCUGAAAACCAUAAAGAAAAGGGGAAAAGUUGCAAGCCUUGAAGGAGAAAUACAAAAGGAAAAUGGUUUAUCAAGUACAAAACAGUACGAGAUCCACUGUGGUAUCGCACAUACUAGAUGGGCUACUCAUGGAGAACCUAGCGAGCUGAACUGCCAUCCCCAGAGAUCUGACCCCAACAAUGAAUUUCUGGUUGUGCAUAAUGGUAUCAUCACAAACUACAAAGACAUAAAGUCUCUUCUGGAAAACAAAGGGUUUGUGUUUGAGUCUGAGACGGACACAGAAGUGAUAGCCAAGUUGGCCAAGCAUGUUUAUGACACAUACGUUCAUGAUGGAACGUUCAGACAGGUUGUGGAGAUUGUUAUACAGCAGCUGGAGGGAGCGUUUGCCCUGGCAUUCAUGAGCUCAAACUUUCCAGGAGAAUGUGUAACAACAAGACGUGGCAGCCCAUUGGUGAUUGGUGUAAAAACAAAAAGCAAGCUAUCAACAGAUCAUAUUCCUGUGUUCUACAGUAAAGAUCAUCAACAGAAAGGGACAAAAGACUAUAAUCAGAAUGAAGACAAUCGUGGUUUCAUGACUGCACCUACAGCGCAAAGAUCAUUUUCCGAGACAGAGUACCAUACAGUGGGACCAGAAAAGGAAGUGGAAUAUUUCUUUGCCUCCGAUGCAAGCGCUAUUAUUGAGCACACAAACCAGGUCAUCUUUCUGGAAGAUGAUGAUGUUGCUGCCGUGUCAAAGGGCAGUCUGACACUUCACAGGAUCAAACGUAACCAGCUCGAUGAGUCUAAUGUCAGAGAGGUGAUCACGCUUAAAAUGGAACUGCAAGAAAUCAUGAAAGGUAACUAUAGCUCAUUCAUGCAGAAAGAAAUCUUUGAACAGCCAGAAUCUGUGGUCAACACGAUGAGAGGUCGGGUCAACUUCGAGGAAAACACUGUCACUUUAGGAGGAAUCAAAGAAUUUAUGAAUGAAAUAAAACGAUGCCGCAGGCUUCUGUUCAUAGCUUGUGGAACGAGUUACCACAGUGCAAUAGCAACAAGACAGUUGAUGGAAGAGCUGACAGAGUUACCAGUCAUGGUUGAGCUGGCCAGUGACUUCCUUGACAGAAGUACACCUGUAUUCAGAGAUGACGUCUGCUUCUUUAUAAGUCAGUCAGGUGAAACUGCUGAUACUUUAAUGGCCUUAAACUACUGCAAGUCACGUGGAGCACUUAUUGUUGGUAUAACAAAUACAGUUGGUAGCAGCAUCUGUAGAGGCUCACACUGUGGUGUACACAUCAACGCAGGACCAGAAAUUGGUGUGGCUAGUACAAAGGCUUACACUAGUCAGUUUAUAUCCUUGGUGAUGUUUGGCCUUAUGAUGUGUGAUGACAGGAUCUCAAUGCAGGAACGAAGGAAAGAAAUCAUUCAGGGUCUCAAACAUUUACCUGAACAAAUUAAAGAAGUGUUGCAGCUAGAUGAACAAAUACACAAGUUGGCUCAAGAACUCUACACCCAGAAGUCACUGCUUGUGAUGGGCAGGGGAUACAACUUCGCCACAUGCCUUGAAGGAGCUUUGAAAAUCAAGGAGCUGACCUACAUGCACUCUGAAGGUAUUUUAGCGGGUGAACUGAAGCAUGGACCGUUGGCGUUAGUGGAUAAAGCUAUGCCAGUUAUGAUGGUGGUUACAAGGGACAAGGUCUACUCUAAAUGUAUGAAUGCUUUACAGCAAGUGAAGGCCAGACAUGGUCAGCCGAUAGUAAUCGGUAAUGACGAUGAUAAGGAGACACAAGCGCAUGCCAACACAUUUGUAUCUGUGCCACAUACAAUCGACUGCCUUCAGGGCAUACUAACUGUGAUUCCGAUGCAACUUCUAUCGUUACAUAUUGCCACUCUCCGAAAGUGUGAUGUUGACUGCCCAAGAAACCUAGCAAAGAGUGUUACCGUGGAAUAAUCUCCCCCUGCUUCAUGUUGAUCAGCCUCGCAGUUUACUUAAAGUUCACACCCAUUAGACAUAUAUAGAGAACAUUCAUCUUUUUUCAUCAAGAAUCAACCUUGAGGGACCACAGAAAACAAUCAUAUGACAUGCUUUGACCAAUCAUUGACCACCUGCAGGGCAGGGCUUUAAUGAGCACAGCUAGCGCCAGUUUCUCACCUGUUUCUGUUGUUAUCUGCAUUCAGAUUCGCAAGAAAAGAGACAGCAACAUUUUGAAGAUUGUAUUUUAGUUAUAUCUAAAGAUCUGUGUUUUGAUUAAUUGUGAUCCAUCAUUUUAACAUAAUCAUGUUAACAGUGACAGGAUUUUAUACAUAUUCAGAUGAACUACCGUCCAGAAAAAUAAGGUUCUGGAAAAAUGGUGUUAUUAAUGAGGUUAGCAGUAUCAGUAUUUUAAUGCUUUUCUUCCUUUUUUCAUUUUGACUCUUUCAAAGCCCUUCAUUUAAAGGUUAAAAAUAAGUGCUAGCUUCAAAAUUAUUUGAAAAUCUAACUGAAAUUGAAAUUUUGCUAAAAUUGAGUCUUUAUUAAGUUCAGUUUCUGACAUUUUUUAAACAUUUUGUGUUGUUUGUCAAGAAAUUGAGUCUGAGUGUUGAACUGUUCUCACAGUGAAUAUAUAAAAAGAUUGUAUAUGAUUUAUUCAUGCUUAUAUGAUGACAUUUAUGCUUUGGAAGCAAAAGAGCAAAACAUUGAUUCAUGUUAAAAAAGAACCAAACCAUAUUGUUGUGAGCAUCCUAAGGUUUUGCAAUAUGUUAGAGAAGUGAGAUGUAAAUAUCUAAGUUUAUCACAUCUUUGACACAUUGGUAUUAAAUACAAAAUAUUAUAAACAUUUGAAUAUUUCACUUUCACAAAGGGGUGCGUAAUAUACACCAAAGUAGAGCUUCAUAUAUUUUUCCCCAGCUUAAUAACAGGUAAAUAUCUGCGGAAAUCAGACAAUUUUUGGUCAGCUGCCUAGUGUUGGAAAUUGAAAAAAAAUUAAAAAGUGUUUGGCAGAAGUCUGUUAUUGCAUAUACUGUUUUAUCAUUUAACCAUUUUAUGAGUUUGUAUAGAAUGUAUUGAACAUACAGUGCCCUCCAAAAGUCUGGAGACAAUGAGACAAAGUGAGAAAUAAAUAGUUUUUCAUCAUUAACCAAAAUAGAGAAUGAUUUAAACCGGAACAGUCUUAAUAGGUAAUUUAUACAGAAAAGAUGUAACUGUUAAAAUAAAUUUAGCUCAUUUAUGCACAAAGAUAAAAUAAGUAUCAUAUUUGAUGAUAAUGUAGCUAUUUCCUAUGUGUCUCUAGACUUUCAGAGGGCACCAUGAAUUUGAGAAUAGUUGAAAUGACUUGUAAGUAAGAUCUUUUUGGUGUAUUUCUAGUCGAAUCUGUUUUCUUAUACCUUUUGGCAGCAAAAUAUUUGAUGAAAAUCUCAAUUUAAAUCUGUAUGCAUUAUUGUUUAUGCUCACUGUCCCUUUUUCAAUAUCAGUGUUAUGCCGUAAGGUUAGGCAAAAAUUUAUCUAGACUCCUAUUUCGUACACAAAAAUUACAAAGCAGAGUUUGAAUACCAGUCCCAGAAUACUGUUUUGCCAUUGGCCAAUUUAAAGACUGAGCUUAAAAUCAACCAAUCAUAUGUCUGUGUUUUGAAAUUGGUCUGCAAACCUUAUAACCUCGGAGACUGAUGGGAGAAAAGAUCUCAUGAAUGGACCAAAAAACUGCUUGGUCCAAUAAACAUGUGUAUACUUUGUUACUCUUUCUGUUUAUUUUUAGUUUUCUUUGCUGUUGUAGUAUUUUUGUAAUAACAUUUGUUGUCAGUGAUAACGUAUUAUAUGUAAUACCGGUAAUACAUAAAUGUGAUAAGGGUCUUGUAUUUAUAGAACAAUUGCCUUUUACUGCUCAAAACUAUGCAAUUUCAUCAGUCGUACAUUUUCUUUUAAUUACUGUCAGAGCAAGAUUAUAUUUUCCUAGACUAGAAACUAAAUUUUUUUUGUCCCAUUUGUGAUUUGUACAACAAAAUUUGAUGUCAUAUAUUUUUAAAACACAUUAAAAUAUUUAAGUCAUUUUCAGCCAAAAUCAAGUAUCCUUGCACAGUUUAUUUUUGUAAUCAUUUGCUAAAAAGACUUAUUACUUAAAGUAUCAGAAUUAACUUGGGAUACCUUGGUCUAAAAUCAAUAACAACAACAUCUAUUUUUAAAAUAUAGAAAAAAUAUGUAGUUAGAGUAUUUUCCCUUAAAUCAAAUCAAUAUGUAACUAAACGUAACAGGUAGACAUUGCUGUAAAUAUCAAUAUGUAAUUAAACAUUGGUAGACAUGGCACUAAAAACCAAUAUGUAACUAAACAUAGCAAGUAGACAUUGCUGUAAAAAUCAGUAUGCUGUAAAAAUCAAUAUGUUACUAAAUAUAGCACAUAUGGACAUAUGCUGUAUCAGCAUGUUACUAUACAUUGCAAGUAGACAUUGCAAUAAAAAUCAGUGUUAACUUUUAACAACUGUACAAGAAAAUACAAAGCAACACCUUGUUGAAAAAGUCACUAAGAACAUUGGGCAUUUGUUACUGAGCCAGUAAUAUAUUACUUCAGCCUUGACAAUCAGUGUUACAGUCAAAUAACCUUGGAACUACAGCAGGGCCUCUACGGCCGAGUGGUUCAGGUCUCUGGCUUCGAAUCACUUGCCCAGCAGUGCUGUGAAACCUCUCGUGCAGUUUAGAAUUGUUUCAUGUGAGAAAGUUAUCCAGCUGGUUUAAGGAGGGUUGGUUCUACCGAUGUGCUUGCUUAUACCAGACAUAAUGCCCAGAGUGGCAUCUUGGGUCUUCCUCCACCAUCAGAAGACUGAGUAGUUGCUAAAGGACAUAUAAUUAAUUAAUUAUGUUGUUAUGGUGUAAAACUCAACAAAAACAAAAAAAAUAUGUUGCUACAAAAUCUCAAAAUUAUUAGAGAAAUAACUAUCAUAGAUUUCCCUUUUUGUAUCAUUAUAAAUAAAUGUGUCAUAUACAUGGAGAAUCUCCUAAAACAGCUCGAACAUUUAUAUUUUAUUGUGCAUAUAUUUUGACUCAAAUUCCACAUUCUAUGACACCAUUAAUUUUGUGUACAAAUGACUUUCAGUUCACAUUUGUCUCUUUCAUAUACGAUGCAUUGAAAAGAAAAACUAGAAACUGUUGAAGUUUUUUUUAAUGGUUACAGGCAUUGGAAAUUAUGAUGUGUUCUGAUUCUUGUACAUUACUUUGCUUACCAGAACUGAAAAUAGUGUUGAGAAAGUGGACUAUGUUUGCAAUUAAGUGUGGUUAUUUAUAGCCAGUAUAUAUAUAUAAUACAUGUAGUUAUGCUUUUUCCUAACUUUUGUUAAAUAUUUAACAUUUUUCUGUUGUUUUAUGCCAUUAGUUUAAAGAAACAAUCUGCCUUUCAUGAUGAUGAUUAAAGAGAGGAUGAUAAUGAUGAUGUUAUUUUGGUCAAAUAAUUCAAAGAUUGUUUAAAAGUACAUCAUCAUGCCAAGUGCCAUAUUCUAAUGUUUUGCCAUAAAGUGGCCAAAACGAUACUAAAGACAUACCACACAACAAGACAGUUGUUCAAUUCUGAUUUUAAAGUUUUUGUUAGUUAUGCUCAUUUAGUAUGUUAGUUUUGAUAGACUUUUGUUGUGGUGUAAGUUUUUUAAUUAUAUAUUAAAUGCAGUAUCGUUGUUAAAUACGUUGUGUCUGGAACUGUAUAUUUAUACCCUCAUUGACAGUGUAUACAGCAAGGAACCAGGUAUGGGAAAUACUGCUGACAGUUACACCCUUGUUAAAAAGUUGUUGUUGGAUAAUAGCUUUGAAAACAUUGAGUAUAGUAGACAUCUUUAUUGUUGGGUAGUAAAAAGUAACGAAAAGAUUAUUUUCAUUUCUUUUAUACAUUCAGCCAGUAUUUGAAUUAUCAAAAAUAAAUUCAUGAAAAGGUUAAACAUACAUGUAUAUAAGAAUAUAAAUAGAAGUACUUUAUGUAGGGAAUAUUAGUGCAGAUGUCUCUGAAUUAUUUUUGUUACAUUUAUUAUUGUUUAUUCAGUAUUUAUUGUUUAUUAAUAUUGUUUUAUUCACAUUAUUACUUCACAUGAAAAUUAAAAAGUGAAUGUAAGUUAAACAAUCAAGUACAGUUUUAAGUAUUUUUCCUCUUUAUUUGCAUUUUAACAAAUUCACCAUAUUGAUAUAUACAUUUUACUUUUCUUGAGCAUAAAACUCAAUCAUAAUGGUAAAUCUAGUAAAUACCAUGAUCAUGUUUUAACAUAUGCUGCAAGCGAACACCAUAUGAUACUGAUUAUCUUAAACUGAAAUAACACAGGUAUUUAUAGAUAUUGUUUUAACAAUGUGUUGGCAAUCAAAAUUGAAAACUGUUGCACAAAAAUAUUUAGUGUGGGUGAAUUCUUAAUCUUAUAUAUAUAUAUAUGAACAAGAUUACUAUACCUUCCAAAAUGUACAGUAAUCAGGGUUAUGAAUAGAAACGUGAAAAAAAAAGUGAAAACCUGAAAAUCAAACUGUUUAUAUUGAAGAUACCGUCUUAUUUUAAAAUUAUAUGACUAUAUAACUAUGUAAGGAAUGAAUAGUGACUUCACUGAGGCUGAAUAGGUUGCAUUACCAUUUUAUAAUUAUUGUUCAAGUGGCUGUGUCUUAAUUGUUUGAUCUUCAAUUUUUAAUCCCCUGCCACGAGUGGUGGAAGUUUAUAGGAAUGGUCUCCGUCCGUCCAGAACACUUUCAUGUCUGCUCCAUAUCUCCUAAACCCCUUUAAGGAUUUUAAUGAAACUUUGGUCAAAUUAUCACCUCAUCAAGACGAUGUGCAGUACUCAUGAGUCAGCCAUGUUGGCUCAAGGUCAAGGUCACAACUCAAGGUCAAAGGUUUGAGCCUUCCAUUUCGUGUCCGCUCUGUAUCUCCUAAACUCCUUGAAGGAAUUUUAUAAAACUGGGGUCAAAUGAUCACCUGAUCAAGACGAUGUGCAGAACUCAUGAGUCAGCCAUGCCGGCUCAAGGUCAAAGUCACAACUUAGGAUUAAAGGUUUGAGCCUUCCAUUUCGUGUCUGCUCCGUAUCUCCUAAACCCCUUUAAGGAUUUAAAUGAAACUUGUGUCAAAUUAUCACCUCAUCAAGAUGAUGUGCAGAACUCAUGAGUCAGCCAUGUUGGCUCAAGGUCAAGGUCACAACUCAAGGUCAAAGGUUUUAGCCUUCCAUUUCAUGUCUGCUCUGUAUCUCCUAAACUCCUUGAAGGAAUUUUUCAAUAAGGGGGUCAAAUGAUCACCUCAUCAAGACGAUGUGCAGAACUCAUGAGUCAGCCAUGUUGGCUCAAGGUCAAGGUCACAUUUCAGGAUCAAAGGUUUGAGCCUUCUAUUUUGUGUCUGCUCUGUAUCUCCUAUCCCCUUGAAGGAUUCAGAUGAAACCUGUGUCAAAUGAUCACCUCAUCAAGAGAUGUGCAGAACUCAUGAGUCAGCCAUGCUGACUUAAGGUCAAAGUCACAAAGGUUUGAACCUUCCAUUUUGUGUAGACUCUGUAUCUCCUAAACCCCUUGAAGGAUUUUUAUUAAACUUUGGUCAAAUGAUCACAUCAAGAACUCAUGAUUCAGCUAAGUAAACUUAAUGUCAAGGUCACAACUCAAGGUCAAAGGUUCGAGCUCUGUGUCUCCUAAACCCCUUGAAGGAUUUUCAUGAAACUUUGGUCAAAUGAUCACCUCAUCAAAAUGAUGUGCAGAAUUCAUGAGUCAGUCAUGUCAGUUCAAGGUCAAGGUCACAGCUUAUGGUCAAAGGUUUACCCUUUCACUAUCCCUAACAGUGGUGGGGGAUUUAGCUGGCUUUCAGACUGCCUUGUCCUAACUUGUUAACAAAUUCAGCUUAAAAUUUAUGUCACAUAUAUGCAACUAUAAUGUCACACAAUGUAAUACAUGCAGUCAUUUUAAGAAAACAUGAUGACUGUCUUCAAAAAAAGAGAGAAACAAAAGAAUAAUGAUAAUUGUAGUUUUGUCAAGUUUUAUGAGUUGCAAUAAAACCGCAAGUAUUAGUGACUUGAUUCUCUGCAAUAGAUUACCAUGACAUUGCACUCACUCAGGUCAGAUUCUAUGGAUCUGGACAAACAACAGUUCUUGAUCUAAUUUUUCACAGCCUUUGGAGAAGAAAAAACAUGUGUAAGAAACUACUUGUAUUACAUCCAGAAACUAGUUAAGUUUUGCAAGUUUAGAAAUGUAGUGCUACAGGUACAUUAUUUUAUAAAAAAAAAUUGCAGCAAUACUGUAUUAAAAUAUUAUUGUAUGUCAGAGGGUCAAUUCAUACACAAUUACUGUUACAGCUGCACCACAUAUUUGUCAUAAAGUCAUUAAAAUUGUUACUAAAAGAA